GUCUGUCGUCACUGGGAGCUGCAGCAGCAUCAGCAUCACCAGAAUGAGUAAGAGUGCGCAACUUGGAGAAAUAACUACACUGUCCGGAGGAGCGUGUUUGUGUGUCUGGAUGUGUGUGUGUCCGUUAACUGCGCGCCUCACGACGUGUCCAUGAGCGCGUAAAGGUGCCAAAAAAAAAAAAACCCGACACGGACUCUCUGUGGAGCUGCCAAAGAAAAAGGGAGCCAUGGAUUAUUUACAAAACCACCGCAUUCAUCUCUCCGUCGUCAUUUUGUUAAUGGGCUGCACCUGCAAUGCUCUUUUUGACAGAUUUCUGGAAGAGAACUUCUCAGAUCAGCUGUUUCCUCAUCCCAUGGAAGAUGAUAGCCAAAUUACUUCGUGUGACUUUGAGUCUCCGUGCCUCUGGACUUUUUCAAAUAACAGCACUCAUAGUGACUGGUCCGUGGUGUCACCGCAGCAAUCAGAAAGCAUGAAGGCUGGGAUGCUGCCUGUGACGGACCACUCUUUGGGGAGCUCUGAUGGCCACUUCCUUCUCCUGAGCUUUUCACCUGCUGCCUCUGACACGUCUGGGAGAUGUGAAUACCAAUUAACGAGUCCAGUUUUGCCAGCAAGCAACAGGCAGUGCGCCCUGCGGGUUGCUCUAUACGAUGCCGGUCCAGCGGCGGGGAACCUCACCGUCCUCAUCAAGCCGGUUCUCUCAGGUUUAGCUGUUCAUUCUGAAGUUCUCCACAGCAGGACAGGAGACCACCGCAGGGCAGAGUGGGAGGUUCUGGAGAGUGCGAUCGGCCUGGUGGACGAACCCUUUCAGGUGAUGCUGCUCUACUCGUCCUGCGAAGGAGAAGAUGGAGCCACUGUGGCUCUGGACUCUCUGGAGUUCGUAGACUGUGAAUCAGAUCAUCAGGGCGUCGACCUGAGUGCAGCUUGUGAGGAAUCUUUCCACUGUGAAAACUCAGGAGGCUGCAUUGACCAGAGCCACGUGUGUGACUUCCACACAGACUGUCCUUUAGGAGAGGAUGAAGGCUUCACCUGUGAUGCUCUUCCUUUUGGCUCGUAUUGUUCCUUUGAAGGGGAUUCCUGUGGUUGGUCUACGUCCAAUCAGCACUCGGGCUGGAGGAGGGUGGCUGGAGAUGAGCUUCUGGAAAGAGAUGACAUGCAGGGUGUCACUCUGCAGCGGACACCAGGGCACUUCUUGUUUCUGCAGGUAACGGAGAGUAAUUCUCUUCAAGAGGCGUCCGUUCAUAGCUCCUUUUUCCCUCAUCCAGUCUCUACUGCAGCCUGCCAGAUGCGUUUCUCCCUGUACCUAUAUGGGGACUUCAACGGUUCGUUGCUCGUGGCUAUAGAGGAGAAUGGGACCAGCGCUGCACCACUGGUCUGGGAGAGAAAUGGGCAGUGGACGGAUGACUGGGAAGCUGUUGCCCUGCAGCUGACUGGCCUUCAACAUGAGUUCCGUGUUAAGGUGACAGCUGUGUGGGGGGAAGGCUCCAGUGCUGAUGUGGCUCUUGAUGAUAUUGCGAUUGGAGCAGCGUGCUUCACCACAGAUCUCAACUCCCUGUUGCCCAUGGCGGACUUGGAGGAUUUCUUAAGUCCUCUUCCAGAGCCGUCGGCCUCAGAAGUUUCCCUCAUGACAUGGUGGUUUAACUCGUGCGGUGCCAGUGGACCUCAUGGCCCCACUCAAGCCCAGUGUGACAGUACCUACAGGAACAAAAAUGUCAGCGUUACUGUGGGGAAGGAAAGCCCUUUAAAGGGAAUCCAAAUGUGGAGGGUGCCAGCGACUAACAGAUACCUGAUCUCUGCUUACGGUGCUGCAGGAGGAAAAGGAGCCAAAAACCACAACAAACGCAACCACGGGGUCUUUAUAUCCGCUAUUUUUCCUUUGGAGAAAGGAGAUCUACUUUACAUCAUGGUGGGCCACCAGGGAGAGGACGCGUGCCCGGGGAGAAAUCCCUACACCCAGAAGAUCUGCCUGGGAGAGUCGUCUGUGAUCGAAGGCAACGUCCGGGUGGAGUCUGGUGCAGAGUGGGCUGGAGGUGGAGGCGGAGGAGGGGGAGCCACUUACAUCUUUAAGAUGGAGGGUGGCGAGCUGGUUCCUUUGCUGAUCGCUGCUGGUGGUGGAGGAAACGCCUACCUGGAGGACCCAGAGUCUAAUCCGGACCAGAUCCCACUGGAGCAGUACGAAAACAGCACCAUAGCUGCCAGUACCAAUGGUCAAACUGGGGCAGCAGGUGGAGGUGGCGGCUGGAAAGACGCUCCCAGUCCUCACCUGAGGGCUGGCAAGUCCCUGGUGGAAGGUGCAGAGGGAGGUUCUUCAUGUCCACUGGCCCUGUCUAAGCUCAGCUGGUCAACCUAUGGAGGUUUUGGAGGUGGAGGUGGAGCCUGCACAGCUGGAGGUGGUGGAGGAGGAUACAGAGGAGGCGACGCUGCUCUGACGGAUGAGAUCACAGCCAACGGUCAGAAUGGAAUUUCAUUCAUCCAUCCGAUGGGAGAGAUUUUCCUGCUGCCUCUGGCAGCCAUGGAGAGUCAUGGGGAAUGUGAGAUCAAGGUGCAGCUGAACUGCAGCCACUGUCAGACACAGAGCUGCAAACGAGAAGAAGAAACUCACUUUAUCCUGUGUCUGUGUGACGAUGAUGAAGUCCUGGCCAGUGACAACGUGACGUGUAUUGGUACCGUAGCAACUCCUCAAGGCGUCGCUCCACAGGGCCAGAUGUCGACGUCGCUGAUCCUGGCUGUCGUGGUUUCUACCGUUGCGAGCGGCCUUGCACUUGUGUGUGCCGGCGUCAUCCUCAUGUGGUACCGCAGGAAGAAUGACCUGCACGCAGUGAGGGGCCGUCUGCAUAGUCCAGAGUACAAACUGAGCAAGAUCCGCUGCUCCACCAUCAUGACGGACUACAACCCCAACUACUGCUUUGCUGGCAAGGCUGCGUCUCUCAGUGAACUGAAGGAAGUGCCACGCAAGAACAUCACGCUUCUCAGGGCUCUCGGCCACGGCGCAUUCGGUGAGGUCUACGAAGGUCAAGUUCUGGGGAUGAGUGGCGAUGGCGGUCCUAUGCAGGUGGCCAUAAAGACUCUUCCAGAAAUCUGCUCUGAACAGGAUGAAAUGGAUUUCCUGAUGGAGGCGCUGAUUAUGAGCAAGUUCAGCCAUGAGAACAUUGUGCGCUGCAUCGGCGUCAGUCUGAACAUCCUGCCGCGCUUCAUUCUGCUGGAGCUGAUGACUGGAGGAGACAUGAAGAGCUUCCUGAGACAGAACCGGCCGAGAGCUGCUCAGAACUCUUUCCUCACCAUGCGGGAGCUGCUGCGGAUGGCCAGAGACAUCGCCUGUGGCUGCCGUUACCUGGAGGAGAACCACUUUAUUCACAGAGACAUUGCUGCUAGAAACUGCCUGCUUACCUGCCCUGGACUGGACAGAGUGGCUAAGAUUGGAGACUUCGGCAUGGCACGAGACAUUUACAGAGCCAGCUAUUAUAGGAAAGGUGGUCGUGCCAUGCUGCCGGUCAAAUGGAUGCCACCUGAGGCCUUCAUGGAGGGAAUCUUCACCUGCAAGACUGAUACAUGGUCGUUUGGAGUGCUGCUCUGGGAAAUCUUCUCUCUGGGUUAUAUGCCAUAUCCUUGUAAAACUAAUCAGGAGGUCCUGGAGUUUGUCACCAGCGGAGGCAGGAUGGAUCCUCCUAAGUGCUGCCCAGGGCCUGUCUAUCGGAUCAUGACCCAGUGUUGGCAGCACUGCCCCGAGCACCGGCCCAACUUCUCCACCAUCUUGGAGAGAAUCAACUACUGUACUCAGGAUCCAGAUGUGAUCAACACACCCUUACCUGUUGAAUAUGGCCCCAACACAGAAGACGAUGCCAGCACAGUGAUCCAGCCCAGUGACCCCACCUCCACCAGUCUCACUCCACUCUUGGUGUCACACCCUGUUUCCCAAGAUUUACCCUCCCAGUUCGGUCUCUCCUCCAUUGGUCUGGGUCCCAGCCCUCACAUCCCACAACCCACCAAACCAUGUCUGCUCCUGCAGAGAACCCAACCUGUCCACCAUGAAGUGACAUCAUGUCGUGAGGCACUGGAGCCGUCCUGGGCUGAGCCUGUUCCUGCCCCCGGUUCAUCAGUCGGAGGCAACUGGCUCCAUCCUGAGCCUCCUCAUCACCAACCUUGCUCCAGAAACAGCUCCUCCUCAGGGAGCCAGAGGCUGAAGAACAAAACAAAGAACCUUUGGAACCCCACAUAUGGCUCAUGGGUCUUGGAAAACUUCAGAGGGAAGAAAACACUGGCUCACACUCAGUCCAUGCCACUCUCGAGCUCCUCCUCCAACACACAGACCUGCAACCCAACUUCAGAGAGCAACGAGGCUGGGUGCGACACCACCACCAGCAGCAGCUACCUCAGCCCUUCGAACCCCUGCACUUCAUCCACUCCGUCUCCUUCCUGUCAGGCUGCAGCUGCGACAAGUACGUCCUCCCAUAAGACCCCAGCAGGUGGUGCCACAAAAGCGAGUAUGGACCUGGUUAAGCUCCAGAGUUUCCCCUGUGGCAACGUCAACUAUGCCUACGAUGAGCAAAGCUACGAGGCAGAGAAUCUGCCCUUGGUUAUGCCCAAAGCUGCAGAAGCCAUCACAACCACCAGCUCUGCCCAGAGUGUCUCCUCAGGGACUAGUCUGGCACUGGCAUUAGGCCUCCAUAGCUCCUCAUCUUGUAUGCCCAAGCUGCUGCUGAAGCGUCACGCCAGCUACGGACACGAGGACGUGAGGAGACACACCAAAGCUGAGAAACCCACACGCGACCGUGACUCGGGCUUUUCUCUGUCUGAAGACCUCAGCGUUACCCCAAUCUAAGAAACAGCUCACUGGAACAGGGAUUUCAAUUGAUAUAAAAAUGUCGCCCAAGUCCCUUCUCUCACAAACUCAAACUCAAGCUCUGGAUUUCUAGGACAGAAAGCAUGACCCGCCACGGUCAAAGAACCACAAAAUCAAGAUAUUACAGUUGUGGUAUGCUGGAAAACACACUGGAACACUCACAUUUACACAAACACUCCUCUGCACUGUGAUACGAAGAGCUAAAGCUGGACUCAGAGCCCUGUCCUGGGCUUCUGGUAAACUGGUAGCUGAACACUGACUUAGUCCACACUGCUGGUGAUGGUUACCAGAAAUAACUGCUGUAGAUGAACUCCUUUUUUUAUUUUACUUUACUUAGUUUUGUUUUUUUGGCUGUAUUUGUUUAAUGGAAGCUUUGGCAGAAUUGUAUUGGAAUUUGUAGUAUUCAGUGUGACCAUUAUAGGCCAAAAAUGUUGAGGCACUGGGAAGAGAAUCUCCAAGUAUUAAUUUGAAGCUUGUCCUUCUUUCACACUGCUGAAAGAAGGACAAGCUUCAAUAAAUUAGGUUCACCUUCUUUCUGUGCUGUUAGACAGAAUUAUGGAAUUAGGAGUGUUUUAUUUAUAAUUAUAGACGUGCUUCAGGACCCUGAAGUUGCUAGCUUAAAGUGACUCUGAUUUACUUUCACCCCCAUAUAAUGUGAAAACCUUACAAAAUUCCCACAAAACUACUGCGAUAACAUGUAUUUCAUGUAUUUUCUAACAUGUCAAAUUUUUCUAAAGCUGUAGAGCGCUCAUAGGUGCAUCUCGUUACCAGUGGACAGAGACUGGCUAACUGCUUCCUGUUUUCAGUCGUUGUGCUAAGCUAAACUAACAGAAUACAGCUUUAUAUUAGACAUGAGUAGUAUCAAACGUCUCUUCUAACAAGAAACGUUACCUAAAAUGUUGAACUUUUCCUGUACUACUUGUGACUUGAAAUCUGUAGCUGAAUGUUGAGAUUGUUGUGGCAAACUACAUAGGUCUUGAUCUGACUUGUUUUGGAUUUAGUCUCUUCCCCUGAUGUCCCAGUAUUUGCUUGGUCUGAAGGCGGUCUUAUAAAUGUUUAAAUGUAUAGAAUAUGAUGAGCAGCUGAGAAAAUAUUUACUAUUUUUGUAUUCGCUUCCCUACACUGGACUAACCCAUUGCAUUUGUAGCUGUUUUUUUAUAUUUGUAUUCUUUUUGUUAAUGAUGAAACCGUACUUGUAGUCUAUCACUGCCAUUAGAUACUACUACACUGCAUCGACUGAUGUAUUGAUGGUAGUACCUACAUUUAUUCAGCAGGGGGCGGUAUUCAGCUUUGAAAUACCAAACAAGCUGCUGCAGGUAUCUUUAUACUCAAAGAUUUGAAAAUGUGGAAAUCUCUAUUUGGUAUUUAUGUUUUCAGGCUAUUCUUAUUUAACCAGUUUAGCAGUUGAUGUUUUAUUUUAAGCCUACACAUGGCAAUAGUAUAUUUUUGAAUGUGUUGAAUAAGUAGGUGCAUUUAUCUGAAAAUCCUAUGCGCUUGCUGUACGUUUUAUGCUCAAGCCUGCUGAUGGAUGUGUCUUUAUUUUUGUUGCUCAACUGUGCACUUCAGAAGAUCUCUAAGAAAAGGUAACUUACCAAAAAGCUCAUAGUUUUCUAAAGAUUGUGCCAUUUAGAAAUUCUGAUCACUGUUAAAUAUUUUUACAUAGAGGGAGAAAAAGACCCCUUGUUCUAGUUAUAGUGUAUAUUUCUGAAGUCCUGGUCCAUUUAAAUUCACACCAAUUUAGAUUUUUUUUUUUUUUAGUUUUUUUUCUGUAGCUGAGGAUUCCUCAAACAAAAGUGCGAUGACAUUCUAUGCAAACACUGUCUUUCAUCUAACCUAACUGUACCCCAAAUAAAUCCACGUGUGUCGA